UAGAAUUUAUAUUAAAGUUCAACUUUAGAUUAAUUUUACAGUUUUGAACUGUUGUCAGAAAUGAAGUUUGUGCUAGUAUACUUUUACCAUAGUAAUUCAAUUGAAAUUUGUCGUAGCAAUUUGAUUAAAGGAUGUGAAAAUGAAGAAAACCCAUCUGUUUUUGUUAAUGCUAAAGUACAAGUCCGGUGGAAAAUUUCGAACAAUAUCGUUAAGGCUAUUGGGCCUAAUGUUACUUUAAGUUCAAGUAAGACUCAGUGUAGUAAUAGUGAUACUAUUAAAAACAGUAAAAAUAACAGUAUUAAUAGACAUGUUGCAUAUGGUGACGAAAGAUAUAACGAAGCCAACGUUAGUUCUAGUUCUAACAUUAGAGUUAGACCUGGUACUACUAGUUCUUUAUGUUUCGAUUCAACAACAAAAACUGAUGAUAUUGAAAGUGAAAGUUGUGUAGCAUAUUUUCCUGCAAAAGUCAUAGCAGUAGCGGAUGCAAGAGAAGCUCUAUUACAUGUUCCACUACCAGAUUUUGCUAUGGAACAAGAAUUUUUUUGUUUAAAAUCUGGGUCAGAAAAAGAAAAGAAAAGUCAUGAUCUUACACUGCAUGAAAACGAGAUAGGGAAUGAGGAUGCUAUACAGGUUAAAGAGGAAUCUUCUAGUGGAUUAAUAGCAUGUGAAACCAUUCUGCAGGUAAGUGAAUAUGAAGAAAAUCGGGACAAAAAAGGCAAACAGCAGUACAACCUUAGUUUACAGGAAGAAUGCCUUGAAGCAUCAGUAGAAAUGGAACAAAUGGAAUCCAGUUUUAAAAUAAGUGGAAAUGCAAAAGAACUUCUGUUGGAUCUACCCCAAGUAAAAUCUGCUUCAGAAGAAAAACCUUGGCUGGAAUCAGAAUCUGGAGAAGAAUGCCAUUUAGUGUCUGAAUUUACACCACAGGAAAGUCAAUACAAUAAUGCCAAAAUAAAACAAGAGUCAUCCUGUGAGGUGGUAGAAUGUGACAUUAUUUUACAAGUCAAUGAAAAUUAUGAUUGUGAGAUUAUUGAACAAGAAAAUUGCUGUUUGAAAGAAGAUGACACAAGACUGUCAAUGAAAGAAGUGGAUUCUGAAUUAGAAAUAUCAGAUUCUGUGUCUCAGUCAUCCAAAGUACAUAGAAACUGGAGUUUUCCAUUUCAAGCUUUGAUGGCACAUAGGAAAAGAAUCAGCCAAAAUGAAGCAAGCAAAAAGUACCAUUGUAAAGAAUGUGAAUUUUCCACAAAUGUGUCAACAAAUCUUCGUAGACAUUUGUUAACACACACAGGAGAACGACCUUACAAGUGUAAUAUAUGUGAAAAGAGAUUUACGCAGAAAAGAGACUUACAACAGCAUAAUUUAUUUCACACUGGAGAAAAACCAUAUAAUUGUAAGAUCUGUGGGAAGAAGUUUACACAAGGUGGAACUUUAAAGAGGCAUCAGGUAAUCCAUGGUGGACAGAAACCUUUCCAGUGUGACAUAUGUGGAAAAACAUUCAACAUUUCCCAGAAUAUGAAAACACACAAGAAGAUACACUCUCAAGGAAAACGAUACAGUUGUGACACUUGUGGGGAGUCUUUUACUGUUUCUUCUGAGCUAGCAGUACAUGUGAAAAUUCAUGGUGAUCAAAGACCAUACCAUUGUCCUCACUGUGAGCUCAGAUUUACAUGGUCUGGUAACCUUGAAAAACAUGUAAUGGCUGUUCAUACUCACAAUUACCCGUAUAGAUGUUCACAGUGCAAUAAAGGUUGUAUGCUCUUAGGUCAUCUUAAGAACCACCAGAGAACUAUACAUGGCAUUGAAUAAUGGAUGUUAAUGUUUGUUACAUUGUAGAUAAUUAUUUAUUUUAAUAAUGGGCCAUUUGUACACGUGUAUUCCAUUUUCCUCGAAACUGUAGCUAUUGUGUGAGUACUUCUAGUUGUAUGAAAUGUUCUAGUCUAUUUUAAAAUAGUAAAUGCCUAAUUUUAUAUCUUACAAUGGUAAACUAAGAUAUAAGUACGUUGAUAUGCCAGUGAUCAAAAUGUAAAUUUGUACAAUACUUUAUGUUGCCUGUAUGGUUCAUUUUUGUAAAUUAUACAUGCAAAAAAGGUCAUUAGAAUGUGCCAUUUCAGGUUUAAAUUUAAUAACUUUCUCAGGAGAGGGAGUGCCCCCAUUGUGUAACUCAAAUUUAUGCCUAGCUAUGCCCCUUAAAACUAUAUGUGGAUGCUAUGAAUCAGUUGUGUGUCUUCUUGUUAGAUAAAUGUGCUAUACACUCACCUGUGUUCUCACUCUAUUAAAAUUUUAAUUAACUACUUUAUGGUUUUAGAGGGGUAUCUUUGUUUCACCAGAUUCUGUACUAAGUUGACUUAGAAGCUAAUUAGAUUUGAAUGAUUGUAUACACUUUUGAUUAUGAUAACAAAAUUUUGUGUAUGUUACAGUGGAAUGAGUAUUUAAGGUGUGGUAUUUGUUGUGUUAAAUUUUUGCUUGUCUAUUUAUACAGCCAAACACACAUUAUUUAGUACUUGAUUAGCACCUUAAAUUGAAAGAGGUUUGAUUACCCUGUCUUUAAGACAUUAAAUACAUAGGUGUUACAGGAUUUUCCAAUGUAAAUAUUUAUUUACACAGAAUUUCUUUUUACUUGAACUACUAGAUUCUGCUUGUACCAAGUCAUUCCAUCUCAAAUUGUAAUGCCACACAAUCAGUCGUAUUAUCCAUUAGGCACAAUAGGCAUAAUGCCUACGAAAAUAUGGGGCCUACGAAAAGUAUAUUUCAAAUCAUUUAAGAAAUUUAAAUAUUAUAAAAUUA